CUCCCGCUCAACGGCUUGUCCUGACCUCGACUCACCUCAAUUUACUUCAGUCCAGUCCCGUCAGGACCUGCUAGCACCUACCUACCUUACCUACAUAAGGUGCUUUCUACUCCACCUCCCUUCCAUCCCAUCCCAUCCAUAUCUGGGCUGCUUUAAAAACCCUGUAUCCCCCUACCUACACCAUCCUCCUUAUACUCCUCAACCUAUUCUAAAUUGUGUUUCUUUCCUUUCGUGAAUACGUCUUGCUCCCUACAAAAGUUUCCACGGUGACCUACGCGCUACGAAGCUUCAACAAGACACUACCCCGCCAAAUCCGAACCCCGCCAAAAGUCAACACUCCCUCAUCAAAAUGGUCGGUCUCGGUCCUCGACGUCCUCCCUCCCGAAAGGGUACGUAUACUCAAAUGCUAUCACAUAUCGUGUUAUGACGUCCCCGCGACCGAGAAACCCUACAUCUCGUUAUUUGGGAGCAUCAAUUGCUGCUGGCCACGAGCUGUUGCUUGUUCACGGAGAGGAAGCUUGCUCGGUGGGGCAGAACCAGCAAAAAUGCGCUGCGAUGACGAUGUUUCUCCAUCCUCUCCAACAUUCCUGGUGACGAACCUUGGAGACAAGACGAAGUCGUCUUCUAGAGUCACGACAGAGCAAAAAGCCGUCGUGCGAAAUCGAGAGCCAUCCCGGUUGGCUCUUGGGGCUCGGCCAAGAAUCGGCGACAACAAUGAUAAUCGACUGUGCAUGCAACUAUGACCUCAAGUUUCGGGGAAACAACGAAUUUGCAGAUGAGGUGUAUUACGUGAGCUCGUACUUCGUGGUUACUGAAUGCUAUUGGGUUUGCCAGCUGGCAAUCACUGUCCUACUGUCAAGGUGUAGAUGCAGUGCUUGUGCAGUGACCAUGCAGCACCGAAGUCAAAUGCGCUGCCCUUCUGUUAACCUUUCCCUCCUCAGAGUUUCUUGUCUUUCCAACUACAUGAUGCAAAAUAAUAUCAGCCAGCUCAAAUAUCCGUUGCUAACGAUAAAUCAUGUCAGGAUCAAUGGCCGAUGUCCCUAAGGAUCUCGCCGAUGAGAUUCACAAGCUCGAGAAGCUCUUUACGGUAGAGCCCGCUAAGCUCAAGGAGAUUACCGACCACUUUGUCUCCGAAUUGGCCAAAGGCCUCAGUGUUGAGGGGGGUAGCAUCGUGAGUUCGAAACAGACACCUCCAAUCCUGCUUCUAACCAAGUCCAUAGCCUAUGAAUCCUACCUGGGUCAUGUCAUACCCCGAUGGCUAUGAAACCGGAACUUACCUGGCCCUGGAUAUGGGCGGAACAAACCUGCGAGUCUGCCAGAUCACCCUGACCGAAGAGAAAUCCGAGUUCGAUAUCCUCCAGUCCAAGUACCGCAUGCCCGAGGAGCUCAAGUCUGGUACAUCUGAAGAGCUUUGGGAAUACAUUGCCGAGUGUCUUUACCAAUUCCUCGAGACUCACCACGGAGACUGCAGCAAGCUGGAGAAAAUCCCUCUGGGUUUCACAUUCUCAUAUCCUGCCACCCAGAACUACAUCGAUGAGGGUAUUCUACAGCGAUGGACCAAGGGCUUCGACAUUGAUGGUGUGGAGGGCAAGAACAUCGUGCCCAUGUUUGAGGAGGCCCUGAAGGCUCGCGGCGUCCCCAUCAAGCUUGCGGCUAUCAUUAAUGAUACUACUGGCACAUUGAUCGCUUCAGCCUACACUGAUACCGCCAUGAAGAUCGGCUGCAUCUUCGGUACGGGAUGCAAUGCUGCUUACAUGGAAGACUGUGGUUCCAUUCCCAAGAUUGCCGACCUAAAUUUGCCCGCCGAUCUGCCCAUGGCCAUCAACUGCGAGUGGGGAGCUUUUGACAACGAGCACAAGGUCCUUCCCCGAACUGCCUACGAUGUGACUAUCGAUAAGGAGUCUCCUCGCCCUGGACAACAGGCCUUCGAAAAGAUGAUUGCUGGUCUCUACCUCGGCGAGAUUUUCCGACUCAUCCUCGUCGACCUUCACGAUAACAAGGCCAUCCAUAUCUUUGAGAACCAGGACAUUGCUCUGCUACGCAAGCCUUACUCCCUCGAUGCUUCCUUCCUGUCUGCUAUUGAAGAGUACGUUUUUGUUUUGCUGGGGCUACGCACACUGCUAAUUGUCUGCUUUAGGGACCCCUGGGAGAACCUGACUGAGACGUAUGAUCUCUUCGUCAAGAAGCUGAAUCUGAAGCCCACACGUCCCGAACUGGAGCUCGUUCGAAGGACCGCCGAGCUCAUCGGCACACGUGCUGCUCGCCUUUCGGCUUGUGGUGUCGCUGCUAUCUGCAAGAAGAAGGGUUACGAAUCUUGCCACGUCGGUGCUGAUGGCUCCGUGUUCAACAAGUACCCCUACUUCAAGGAGCGAGGAGCUCAGGCUCUGCGAGAGAUUCUCGACUGGCCUGCGAAGACCGACAAGAAGGCCGAGGACCCUAUUGAGGUUCUUACUGCCGAGGACGGCAGUGGUGUCGGCGCCGCCCUGAUUGCCGCCCUGACCCUUAAGCGAAUCAAUGAGGGCAACAUGGCGGGUAUCCUUCAUCCCGAGAACUUCAAAUAGGCAUGAGCGGGGGCCGAUUGAUGAAAGGCGCGUGAUGGGUAUCAAAGGUUAAUAUUAGGGUUGGUCGGAAAACGAAGAUAGACGUGGACUUGAAUGGAAAGCACGAAUAGAGACGAAGGGUUUCUUAAAGACUAUCAAGAGCGCGUGCCACUGACAGGCCUGGAAUUCUUUUGAUGGAUCCAUUCGUCUAGCCCAUGAAUGUGCAAAUAGGCAACCGGUAUUCUGCGAAAUAAAGUUAGCUUGAUAGUGACGUAAAAUAUAUAUGGUAUAUCUUACUGUCUAGGGUCCAGUAUCGUCUCCGUACGCCCUCCCACUCUCCCUCGCCAGCCUUCUCUAGACCAGACAUGUCUACAUCACUCUCCUCCCACUCGACAUCGAGCCCUGCAUCGGCGCACUGCAUCUCGACCACCUUGGUGUAUACGUCGUAGCAGAUCUUUCUGUCAGCUCCAAGGCCAUUGAAAAAGCUAAACUUGCCGUCCUGGUCCAUAAUGCCAAUGAUGCACUCAGAGAAGAAGUGACGUAGCUGAGAGUAGUCUUCGCCAAAGGUGUCGAAGUAAAUGGCAUCAUAAACCUCACCAUCCUCCAGUAGUUUUGGUACAAUAUCUUGCCACUUGCCCUUGUGCACCUUAAAGGCUCCCUCUUCAGGGCUGCUGUUCUCCCAACUAGGGCCAAAUUUGGAUUCGUCCUUGGAGAGGUGCUCAAGAACGCUUGGGUGUGCCUCGAUGAUAUGAUGGCGUGAGGGUUUCAAAUCAGCGAACAUACCAUCGACGAUACCCAUGCCGAAACCAAUGUUCAGGAUACGUUUACCAGGGGCUGAGUCGGGAAUCAGAGCGGCAACAGACCGGCGCAUGAUAUCGGUCUCCCAGGCCAUCAUGACACCGUUGAGGUCAGAGUCGACAAGCUUGGCAUCAUCAUAUACAAGUUUCGAAUUUAGAUAUUCCUCGCUUGUGACUUGCUUCUCUUGAGCAUCGGGAGGAAUGAACUUGGGUUCUUCUGGAGGAGGGGCGGUGUCUUCAGCGGAUACCAGUUGAGGAGCCUCUUCGUCAUCUUGUUCAGCUUCCAUCUCUUCGUCACCAUCAUCUGAACCAGAUGAUAGUGCUUCAUAAUCCCCCAUAAGAGCGAACAGGAGUUCAGCUCGCACUCCAGCCUCCACACAAAGGUUGUAUAGAGGCUUACGGCCAAGCCUAAGGGCAAGGCACCCUGGUGUCUCAUUGUUGCUAUCGACAUCGUUCCAAAUUGCACCUCUCAGGAAGAGAUCGUGAACUAUCUCUUUGGCCUCCUCAACGGAGCCAUCCUCUUCCUGAUCGUCAUCGUCCCCAGAAGCAGGCCCGCAGGCACGUAUAGCUGCAUGUAAGGGUGUCUCCCCAGUCUUGGGGUCCUGAGCAUUUGCCUUGCCGGUGGUUUUUAGCAGUUUCUGCAGACCACUUCUAUCAUGGCCCCAGGCAUGGUACAAGACUUCUCGAAUCUCGUCUGGGCAAUCGGAGGAGAUGCGCGCCGGCAUAGAAUCAUCGAUUUUGGGAGCCAUGAUGAGGGGCAUGAAAUAAAAAUUGUGUCGCGGGGUCGACUUCGAUUUUGAGGGGCACGGAAGUUUGGAGAUGGGUGGACAAUACACGGGCAAGGGUUGAGCAGCGGGCGUGACUGUCUAUCUACACAUAUGGUAAGGUUGAAGCCGAUUUUUCGAGUUGAGGCUGUAAAAAAGAAUCAAGGCCAAGUUUGUGCUAGGGUUGGAUCUACUACGUAGUAUACAG